UCCGGUGUUGUACGGGCAAUGGGGAGGGACUUGGGGAUGUCAAGGCUGCGGAGGAGUCAUUCAGGGAACCCGCACCGACCAUACAAAUCGCCGGCACGCGAGGGGGCAGACCGUUGGCGCACCCUACGCACAGGGCGGGCCUGAGGGGCGGCAGCACCCGGGCCUGGAGGGCCUCGAUCCCCCUGGAGGGCCUCGAUCCCCCGGGACGAGAUGGAGCUCUUCCUAUUGGCGCAAGGCGCCCCGAGGAGCUAAUGCUCAGGGGCGAGGGCGCGGCCCGGCCAAGUCACCUUAUAAGAGGGACUCCGAGAGACGGGAAAAGCGCCAGCGGAGCCGCUCCGCGAGAGGACUUCCGGCGACCCCCGCGGCGGGAGAGGCCGGAAACGCCUGACGCGGGGCCCGUGGGCCGGACGACGGCGGCUGAGGGGCGGGCCAGGCUCUCCCGGGGCAGCUGAUUGGUCGGCCCCUGGCGGCGGUAGUGGCGACGAGUGGAACCGUCACCUGGGCCCGGGAAGAUGGAAGAGCUGAGUCAAGCCCUGGCUAGUAGCUUCUCUGUGUCUCAAGAUCUGAAUAGCACAGCUGCCCCACACCCCCGCCUAUCCCAGUACAAGUCCAAGUACAGUUCCUUGGAGCAGAGUGAGCGGCGCCGCCGGUUAUUGGAACUGCAGAAAUCCAAGCGGCUGGAUUAUGUGAAUCAUGCCAGAAGACUGGCCGAAGAUGACUGGACAGGGAUGGAGAGUGAGGAAGAAGAAAAGAAAGAUGAUGAAGAAAUGGACACUGAUACUGGCAGGAAGUUACCAAAACGCUAUGCUAAUCAACAUGUUUUGUGUUCCCAGUUGAUGCUGUCUGAGUGGUUAAUUGAUGUCCCUUCAGAUUUGGGGCAGGAAUGGAUUGUGGUCGUGUGCCCUGUUGGAAAAAGAGCACUCGUCGUUGCGUCCAGGGGUUCCACCAGUGCCUACACCAAGAGUGGUUAUUGUGUCAACAGGUUUUCCUCCCUUCUGCCAGGAGGCAAUAAGCAAAACUCAACAACAGCGAAAGACUACACCAUUCUGGACUGCAUUUACAGUGAGGUAAAGCAGACCUACUACGUUCUGGAUGUGAUGUGCUGGCGGGGACACCCUUUCUACGACUGCCAGACGGAUUUCCGAUUCUACUGGAUGCAUUCAAAGUUACCAGAAGAAGCACUGGGAGAGAACACCAAGCUCAAUCCUUUUAAAUUUGUGGGGCUAAAGAAUUUCCCGUGUACCCAUGAGAGCCUGUGUAAGGUGCUGUCUAUGGAUUUCCCUUUUGAGGUAGACGGGCUUCUCUUCUACCACAAGCAGGCCCACUACAGCCCCGGAAGCACUCCUCUGGUGGGCUGGCUGCGCCCGUACAUGGUGUCCGAUAUCCUUGGCAUGGCCGUGCCACCUGGCCCGCUGACCACCAAGCCGGAAUAUGCAGGGCUCCAGCUGCAGCAGAUUAUUGAGCACAAGCGGAACCAGAAGGAGGGUACGAAGGAGAAGCUCGCCCACAAGGCCUCUGACAGCGGACACUAUGAGCUGGAGCACCUGUCUACCCCUAAGCUCAAGAGCGUCCCCCACAGCCGAGACCGCCCAGGAGCCUGAUGGAGAACUAACGGAAGCGUCCUUUGGGACUCACAGGACAGUGCUUGGUCCCAGAAGGAAGGUUGGGGAGGACAGUGACGACAACAGGUGACUUCAUUUUACAGUGGACUUUCCAAAGCCACUGCAGCCGGACACCACUUAUCUCCUAUCUGAAAUGCUGCCUCAAACAGUUGGGGGAGGUUCCCAGAUUAAUAGGUCCCCGGAUUUGAGCAACUCCUGUAAAAAUGUAUCCCAGAUCCACAAUGCAAAUAUACGUGAUUCUUAAGAAAGAACCCAUGAUUCUUAAACUUUAAACAGUCAUGAAUCUCCUCCAGCUGCACCCCCAGGCUACGUAAACCAUGACUGUUCACAUCUUGGCCCAUUUCACUGUUUUUAGCACUUAAGCAUUCUGCUGAGUUUCCAGUUGCUGCUGUUGCCAACGAUAUUUUCUAAAAGGUCUUACCAGGAACUGCAGUUCUUGGUAUUUGACAAUGUUCUCUCUUCUGAGAAAACAAGUGUGAUUUUCUUUGGUUUAGACAUUGCCAGAGAUAAAAUGCAAAUGGGGUUCACUCACUGCUCGGCCAGACGGUUGAGCUGGAGAGUGGGUUAUGGAGCUGGGCAGGUCCUGCCCUUGAGGAGUUCCCCAUCCAGUGAGAAAGGAAAUCCACCAGCAGUACCCAGAGUGCAUCCAGGUAGUGAGGUGGUUGCUUUAGUGCAGAAAGGCAUAUAGAGCCUGGGGACUGGGAAGAACAGGAAGAGGGUCCACAGAGGUCGUCAGAGAUGGGCUGAGGCUCAGAGGGGGACAGAAAUGUGCUGUGCGGACGAGAGGGCAGGACUUGCUUGCUGGCGGGAGGGCAUGUGGUGCAGCCUGCAGAGCAGGGCAGGACGUGCUGUGGGACCCAGAGGGGUUCAGCAUGGCUCAACGUUAUGCAGGACUGAAGAGCCAUGGGAGAGGAAGCUCCAGAGAGAUGGGCCAAAUUAUGUUAUGCGGAGGUUUUGGAUUUUAGCUCAUGGAUGAAAGGGAGCCAGUGAAGAGCUUUGAGCAGGCCAGGUCCAUUCAAUUUGUGAACUAGAGCUCUUUGGCAACUGUGGGAGUGGAAGGACGAGGUAUCUGCCGUGUUCAGAAAACAUGUCCCAUUUCCCAUGGCUGCAGUAUGCUCCCCACACUGCUUUCCACCUUUCUGGGACUUCUCUUAUUGGACAAAAGGACUUUACUAUUCCACUCCAGCAGCACUAGCGUCCUGUGGACAGAAUUUCAGAGGGAUACAGGUUAACGUUGUGUGACAUGCCAUUGUUCCUUUGUGUUAAUUCUGGGAACAAAUCCGGGCAGGGGUUGUGCUUAAGUGGAGCCUGAGCACACAAAUUCAGCACACCGGUGGGAUCAGCCUCGGUGUGGAGCUCUUAGAGGGCUGCUCAAGCGACUGUAUAAAAUCCCCUCCCCGGUGGUGCUCCUGCUGGCUGCAGAUUUCAGCAUGCCCACAUCAGUAGGCGCUUUCCUGAAUUCCAGUGAGGUCAGCUGUACAGGAGGCUGUGCUCCUUUGGUCCAGAUGCAUGCUGGGGCUGCCUAGGCAGAGCCACCUGUAUUGUCUCAGGAGCAGUGCGUGCAGUGGUAGUGAGGCGGGGCUGGGCCAGGUCUGGAAGGUCUACUUCCCCAAAGGAUGCGCUCUGGGGACAGAUGCAUGAGUCAGAAAACAUACAGCCAAACUUAGCACCACGCACAACUUGAUACUGUUGAAUGGUAUCUGGAAGGAUACAUCUCAGAGGAAUGCCACUUACAUUUUUAACCAAGGAGUCUUGUAUUUCUUGUAUUACUGAGCAGAAUGUAUCUCCUGGUCAUAUUUCUGUGUGAAAUGCCACCUAUUUCAAAGAUGGCUAUGUUAUAGGUUGCUGUGAUGGAUGUGAGUUUUCUGGCUACAGUUUGGAACAGCUCUGUUUCUUUUUGUGGAAUUCUCUCUUCUCCAGGCUGUAUGGUUCGGUGGGACUGUAAUUUGGGGGAAAUGCCCUCCUUUUGCCAAGCAUCGGGCUCAGGCCUCAAGGUGGGCCAAUCUCAUGCCCCUCACCAAGAGUUUGUGUCUUGAGCAAAGGACCAAAGGGAGUGAAUCAGUAGGAAUGCAUUUAUUUUGCCCACGGAGGGGCAGGGGAGUUUCUUCUUCUUGCUAUGAAACCUGUGAACAUCCAGUAAAGUCCAUCUUGUUUAAAGUAGCUAGAGCUAAUUUCUGGGCUUGCAACCGAAGAAUCCUGAUACCACUGUCCACUGUGGCGUACCCUGCUUGUCUGGAUUAGAGGACCAGUUUGAUACGAGUUAGCAAGGGACUACGAGUUGAGAUAGUCUAUUUCAUGUCAAGUGCCACUGGAACCCAUGCACCUAGAAAAGACUAGGCAAAAUAAGGAGUGUUGGUUAAUUUAAUGUUAGGUCAGAAAAGCCAUGCUGGUUCUAAUGCCUGCAUGGAAGAAAUGGUGUUAGAGAAAUCCACUUGUAUUUGGCAGUGGCUCAUCUCCAUUCACUAUUUCUCCACUAGCUCACUUCUCACUCAUGUCUCAACCUACUGAAAUCCGACUUGUGUUCCUACCACUUCAAGUGCUCUCCUCAAGGGACUGGUGGUGUCCUGAUUUCCAAAUCUACCCGACAUUUCCCAGGUCUUGUCUUAGCUGACUUACCUGCUGUGUAUAUGCUGAUGCCGUCCUAUCUUACCUCCAGCCUGUAGUGUGCAUCUAACACGUCAUCUCCUAGUCACCUCAAGUUCAGCAUGUCUCAAACUGCACUCGUUGUCUUUCCCCCUCAGUCAUGCUCUUCUCGGGAUCCCUGUCCUUGUGAAUGUCACUUAGUCACCCAAGCCUAGGAACCAUUUUUACGAUUUCUGACUUUUCAUAGCCAGGUAGUCACCAUGUCCUUUAAAUCCCACCUUUUCUCCAUUUCCUCUACAACCUAAGGCAUUAAUUCAAGCUUGCGUCUUCUCUCUCCUGGAGUACUUACCUAGUUUCUUACCAGAGUCUCUGACCUAGUUUUCUUGCCACCAGUGCCCUCCCCACCACCACCACCACUCUGUCCCUGCCACAACUGGCAGAGUGAUCCUUUCUAAAAAUGCAAAUCUCAUCAUGUUAGUUCAGGGACUUCCCAUUGCCUGGCAGGUACACACGGAGCUUCUCAGCUUGCCGAGCUUCCUCAUGACCGGGACUUAGUGUGUCUGUCCAGCCUCAGAAUUACCUGGCCUUCUUUGCUGCCUCCUCUAGAGUGAUGCUGCUUUAUCGUUCUCUGUACAAACACCUCUGUUUCAUAUUUCCCCCAACGCAUACACACCAUCUCUCCUUACUCUGAUUGCAGUCACCUGGUGAAUAACCUGCUCAUCUUUGAAAAACUCUAUUCAACAGAUACCUAUUUGAACCUUUACCUCUGUGGGUAGAAUCAGCCAUUGUCAUCUUUGCGCCCCCUUCCCCCAAUCCCACUACAUAAUCUAUUAACCAAAGUUAGGGAUGAUCCACAAGACCACCCUCACUCUGCCACAACUGCAAGUUAGGGAUAGCCCCAUGACAAACCCCAAGUUUGGUAAUUCACCAGAAGGAUUCGGAGAACUCACUGAAAGCUGGUAUACUCAUGGUUAGUUUAUCACAGUAAAAGGAAACAGAUUAAAGCCAGGCGAGGGAAGAAAUGCAUGGGGGCAGAGUCCAGGAAAGUUCUGAAGUGGAUCUUCCAGUUGUCCUCUCCCAGUGGAAUCACGGACAGCACUGAAUUUUCUUGGUAACUAUGUAUGACGGUACUCACCGAGUAUUGCCAACCAGGGACUCACCUGAGCACUGGUGUCCAAAGUUUUCACUGGGGGCUGGUCAUGUAGACCUGGUUAGCAGACCUGUUUCCAGCGCCUCCAGGGGUCUAGCUGAUAACAUGUGAUCCAAAGUCGACUACCCCCCAGUCACAUUGCUGGACUUCUCGUGUGGCCAAAGACCCUCAGGUAACAAACACACUUCUAUUAGGCAGGACAUUCCAAGGGCUUAGAAGUUACUUCCCCGGAGCCAAGGGCAAAGGCCAGCCUCUCUACAGGCAAGGUUAAGUUCUUUACUACACACUUCCUCUAUUAGAUUGCAAGCUUCCUGAGGUCAGGGAGUACCUGGCAUUAUGCCUGGCACUAGUAUCAAUAAAUGUUGGCUGCGUAAUUGAAAUAAUGAGCUGAACUGAGAAGGCAGUUUGGAGGAGAGCCCCUCCCCUCUCCACUGCACAGAAGAGUGACCCUGGAGAGAGAGAGAAGGCUGAUUGGAGGUGUGUGGCUGGCUGCUAAGAGGUGGUUGGAUAUGCUGCCGACUUCUAAUAACAAGAACUACAUUUAGUUCUAUGGAUGUGAUUACAAGUAUAGCCUAAAAACCUCUCACUGUGGACAUUGGAGGAAGGAAACAAUCUUCCUACCUACAGACUUCCUUUCUAAUAAGGGGAGAAUAACAAGGAAGCAAAUAAUUAUAAUUCAGAGUGUUGGGUGAACUCUCGACACAAGUAUCAGGUAUAAAAGUAACAUAGUAUAGUGAUUGAUUAAUCUGUGAUGUGAGAGUGGUAAGUAGGGGUGUCAGAUGAGAAAAUUGUGUGAGGAAAGAGGCAGAUCAUUUUUUAAUUAUUUAAAAAAAAAAAGCAGAGGAUAACAAUGGUAAGGACCAAUCCCUCGAAUACUGGGUAAUGGGCAAAAUGUAAUCUACCUGGGAUAAGAUUUUUCACCUUCCAAACAUCCUAGUGAUGUCACCUUCAGCCAUCCUAGUGAUUAUAAUAGACAUGGCCUCUAAGUAAACAAGAACAUAAUUUUCAUUCUAGACAUUGGUUAGCAGUAUGACCUAUUUAUGAGGUGUGAUCAAACGAUAUGGUGAGUGUUUAAAUAAAAGAAAAAUUUAUUAUAGUAAAAGACACAAUGCUAUUAACCCCGCUCAAAAUAC